GUUGAGCUGGUUCAUUUCCUCUUCGGCCCCCUCGAGCUGGUGCUGCAGAGCUGUGGGAGCCCUGAACUUCUGCGUUCGGUGAUCUCCCCGCAUCUCUCCAUGGACACGGUGGACUUCCUGCGGGGACACCUCACCCCCAAAGAGAUGACCAUCUUUGAGCUGCUGGGGGAUGGAUGGACCAAACCCAGAGCGGAGUGGCCCAGGGAUCAAUGUGCGCCUCCUUAUCACCCUAAGUUUCGUAACGGCUGGGAGCCGCCAUUGGAGCUCCUCAGGACAGCCGCGUGGGAAACAGAGGGAGCAGCGGGGCCACUGGGGCCCCCCAGCAGCCCCGAUUACAGACAACAUGCAGCUGAAGAUUAUUAUGGAACACAAUCCUCUAACUCAAAUGGGUCAAAUGGGUCUUACAAUGGGGCGCCCUCCGCUCGCAAAUAUGCCAAAAUUCGCUACCACUUUGUAGCACGGAAUGCCAACGAGCUGUCGGUGCUGCAGGAUGAAAUCCUCGAGGUGAUAGAGGAUGACAAACAGUGGUGGAAACUUCGUAACCGCAGCGGUCAAGCCGGCUACGUCCCGUUUAACAUCCUGGACGUGGUGAAGAUUGAGGAGCCAGAAGCCCCCUACAACCAGACAGGCUACAGUCCGUCAUCGCCUGGUCCUCUGAGCCAUCGAGACAGCUUCAACAAGACCAGACCCAAAGACAAAAUGAUGGACAAGCUCAACAAUGAGUUAUUGAUAAAGAUCACUGCAAACAAAAGCCAGCCGGCGCCCAAGAAGUUCCACGUGGAGCGAACGACCAGCGACCAUGUACCGCUCACCUUCGACUCAAACCCACAGCAGGUGACUGAAUGGCUCAACUCAAAACGAUUCUCUAAACCGACCGCUGACUGUUUGGGGAUCCUGACUGGAGCUCAGCUCUUUUCUCUCAACAAAGAUGAGCUGAAGGCGGUGUGCGUAGAAGAGGGUAGUCGUGUGUAUUGUCAGGUCACCCUGCAGAAAACACAGCUGGAGAAGACCAGCGGGGACUCGGAGCUGCAGGAGGUCAUGAAGUGGCGGCAGGAGAGGAUCGACUCGAACAACGCGGACGGAACCUGCUGAGCAGCACGACGGCUGCAGCAGCUGCUUCAAUCAACCUUCUGCUAAUUAUAAUCCACAGGGGGGACAUACUGAGAUGUGGUACACAUUCUUAGUCUAUAUUUAUUUUGUAUCAUACGACUUGCAUGUAUUCCAGUGUUUUCUUAUCUAAUUAUGUUGCUUUGGUUUUCAUUGCCUCAUUCAAUUUUCGUACGAACAGGGGGACAUAUGAAUCUACGCACAGUUGUGUUUGUGGGAGCACGUGUGAGCGCAACAUGCAUGUAAUGUACAUAUAUGUACCAGCUGUGUGGUCAAUGUUUCUGCUCAUUGGCAAUAUUCCAGCUGUUUACCUAAUGGCUUAAAUAAACAAGCAGUCCGUAUCUCUCACACAUCUAAAUCUGUGCCAGAACGUUUGACACAUUUUCUGAUAUAUAGCCAAUUAUUUUCGUAUUGCUGUUUACGAGUAUAACAAAUAAUCAAACACACUAUGUAUGUCAGAAGUAGUCUCAUCCCGUUGGUACCUGCAGAUCAGCACCAGGUAUUAACAUGAAUAGUGUCGCUUUUCAUAAAAUUAAUCAUGCAUGUUUAUCGUCGCAUGUUUAUUUGAAUAACAGUGAGACGCUAUGAUGAAUGUGUUUGUAUGCAGCAUGAUGCAUGCAUAUGUGUAAUGAUGUGAUGUGUAGUCACAAAAUGAAGAUUAAAGCAAAACAUUCAGGAUUUAAAGUUGUAAAUAUGAUAAAAACGUUAGAAUUUGGCAAAU